AUGGAGUUCAUGAGCGACAUGCUGAGCGGCGCCGACUCGGGCAAGCCGUCUCUGUUUGAGAUAAUUGCGCAGCGCAAAAUGACGGACCUGCUGGAGCCGGCUCUGCAGCACGUCACGUCGGUGUAUGCGCACCGGUACCCGCGCUACCUGAUCCGGGUACUGAACUGGCACGAGGAGGAUCACUUUUACGGGCUGAAGCGGGUGCGUUCGCACAGGAUUCGUGGCGACAACAGCCUGACAUGCGGCGACCGGUGGGGGUCGCUGAUAUUCCUGGUGGGGCUGCCGCUGGUGAAGAGCCGGCUGGACCAGUACUACGAGAAGCGCGGCUGCUGGGCGGAGCAUUCGCCGGGGCCGACGAGGAGAUCCCCGACGACGUCACGGGCAUGCGGCGGCGGCUGCUGGUCGCCAAGCGGUGGUUCAAAAGGUUCUAUCCCGCAUAUCAACUUUGCCUACCACAUGGCUACGGCCCUGUACUAUGUCGCGUAUAUGUUCGACCGCACAAACUACAACUCGCCGUGGCUGCAUCUGCUCGGCCUGCAGGUGCGGCGGCUGACGGCUGCCGACUACCGGGCCAUGGACGAGCGCGGGCCGGCGAAGAGCGGGCUGGCAGCGCCGGCCAACGGGUCGGUGAUCCGGUAUACCCGCAAUCUGCUGGCACGCAUGCUGACGGGCGGACUGGACUUUUUGAAGGUGCUGCUGCCGCUGUCGAUUUUCUUCUACCGGUUCCUCGAGUGGUGGUACCGGUCCGAUUUCCACCGCAAGGUGCAGCAGGCGCCGGUGCCGCCGCCGCCCAUGCCGCUCCGCCCGCACCCCGACGGCGUGGCCGUGCCCGAGGACCAGUCGCUGUGUCCGCUCUGCCAGAAGCCGCGCACCAACCCAGCCAUGGCGCCGUCCGGGUAUGUGUUCUGCUACCCGUGCAUCUACCGGCAUGUCGACGAGACCGGCCUGUGCCCAGUGACCCUGACUAAGGCGCUGCCGGCCGGGAUCAGGAAGAUUUACGCAAUGGAGGCCUGA